CUGAAAACUGAGCACAAAAAAAAGAAAGUUUUUACAAAAACAGGUUAAAACAAUUUUUUUUUACCUGAACGGGAGUCGUGCACGCUAGCGCGAGGCUAACUGGCACCGGGACUCGAUCGCAUCUCUUUUGAAACGGGAGUAUCGAACAACACACAGCAAACAAACACUACCAAACACAACAAAUUUUUACACAAAUAAACGUUGUCGCGGGGUCUCUCCCUCUCCGAUUUUUGGUCGUUGCGGUGGGCGUACCUCCUUAUUCUCACUUCUUGACCGUGGCGUUUUCCUCUAAUUGGUUCUCUUUGGGGGGGUGAGUCCCUUCCUUUGGGUCUACUAGGAAAAUUUGUCGCCCGAUUGGUUUCUCACUUUUCUUCGCCCCCUCGGUCCUUCUCGGGGUUCGCCUACCCGUAUCCCUUUAAAAAGCCCCGGACCGCUCAUUCCGCACUCAGUUUCUCACCUUCCGCUCUUCCGUGAUUUUCCUACCUGUUCGAGAUGUUCGCCACAGUAGUGCUUUGUGCUGGUGUCCUGGUUCGGUUUGUGAGGGCUGUGAUCUCUACUCUGGCUCCGAUCUUCGAUCCAGUGGUUCGUGUCCUUAGUUGACGUCGUCCUGCCUGGGUCCCAUAAAAGCCUGUAGGCUGGGUAAGUUUCGUUUUUUUUUUGUUUAAAUUAUCCAAUGUGUGAUGUUCCCCUUUUUGGGUAUUACUUUCUCCUAUUUGUGUUUUUUUUAUAGGCCGACCGUCAGGUCCCGGCUACGCCACCGCCCUUUCCGGCUUCUGAUUUUGAGGACUUCCCGGAGGAAGAGUCCUUUAUUUACUCUACCUUGCCAUACGCAGACUCCCUGGUGGAUUGACAUUGGGUCUUUUUGCCCCUUAUGCCGUCAGCCAAGCCACACUCCUCCGACCAUCGAGCGGGAGUACUACCGUGAUUAUGACAGGUUCGUCUUUGAUUCCCGGUCCCCUGUUGUUCGGGAGUCCUUCCCCGACUCCUGGAUUGAAUGUCACCACGAGUCCUGGGAGGAUCACGCGGCCUGGAGGAUCUGCUCGAUCUGCCGUUGCCGCUUUGAUCAUCCACCCCAUAUGAAGCGUCUCCGGGGCAAGGGUCUAAGUAUUUAUGUUUUUUUUUUGUUGUGUCAGCUCUUUAAAUGAUUGUGGCUAAUAAGAAAUUUUUGUUUUGUUUACAGAACUGGAUCCGCAUUCCCGGCAGCAAGUGCUGUCCAGCGAUGAGCGACGCCGACUUAUUUUAAGAUUUUGUAAUUGCGUUCUGCGUGCGAUACUUUGUCAUAAUGUUUUCUGUACUGCGUACUAUGCUUAUUGUCCGUAUUUCGUAUGAGUCUGUGUGUUAGAGUGUCGUUUUUUUGCAUUUUUAUGUACUCAUAUGUAUUUGUUUUUGUGUGGUUCAAAAUAAAUCUUAAAA